CCCUGCUGGUCUCCUGCAUGUGCAGACACGUGGUCAGUAGAGCCGGACCAGGACCCGGGGCCCAGCGCUGCCACAGUACUACCGUGUGUGUUCAGUGAUGAGCCAGGGCGCGUUAUUUAAGUGCUCUAAGCCACGUUGUCCCGCCUGUAAAAUGGGGACAACUGUAGUUCCUCCUUCACAGGGCCAUUACACAGGCAAGUCAUCCAGACCUCUGAAGUCUCCGUGUGCUGCCUAUGCACAGCGCCUUCAGGUUCAAUGCACAUGAGCUACAGCUGCUACUAUCUUCACGACAGGGAAGUUCUGGCGAAGCCAGUGGGCAUCCGAGGGGAGGCGCAGACCCCUUCCUCGGGUCAGAAAGGUCCGACUCCGCACAUCACCGGCCAGGCACCUGCAACCUCAGGACUGGAGAACUGGGUCUGGGCCGAGGACAUGGUCUUUGUCCCCACGACCGUACCCUGGAGCCCAGAGCACCAGAUACAGAGGCUGCAGGUGACCCGGAAGCUGCUGGAGACGGAGGAGCAGGCCGCCUUCCCCCUGGGAAGUGCCUCCCCUCGCUACCUGUACCUGGCCAGCAACCAAAGCAACAAGUGGGGUCACCCUCGGGGCUACCGCAUCCAGAUCCGCAGUUUUGCUGGAGAGCCGCUGCCCCGGAACAGCUCCAUGGAGAGAGCCAUCGGCUGGGGCAGGGCAGCUUCAGAUAGUAGGACGGGUUGACGACCUUGUGGGUCCACUGCAGAUCUCCUGUAGAUACCAGCUGGCCAUGACCCAGCG